GCUAAAGCUACUCACUUGACGGUGGUCAAGGCACUGACGUCGCGUUUCAUUCACACUAUUCCACUACUAUCUGUUUUUCUAGAUUCUACUUUAGCUAGCGUUUUAACCAAUAAGUUAACAGUUUGUUUACCUGCCAGAGUUCAUUAACGUUAUAUCUAUAGGUACUAGAGGAUUUGGAUAAAGCUACCCAAAAAAAGAAAUGGGGGCAUUUUUAGACAAGCCAAAGAUGGAGAAGUUCAAUGCCCACGGAGAAGGAAACGGCCUACGAUAUGGCCUGAGCAGCAUGCAGGGCUGGCGGGUAGAGAUGGAGGAUACACACACGGCUGUCAUUGGCCUGCCCCAUGGCCUCAACCCCUGGUCCUUUUUUGCUGUGUAUGAUGGCCAUGCUGGCUCUCAGGUGGCCCGCUACUGCUGCGAGCACUUGCUAGAGCACAUCACCAGCAACCCAGAUUUCAGGGGUGGGGGUGCAGGACCAGGAGGUGGAGAAGAGGGGGGCAGGGCAAUUCUGGACAGACAUGGACCCGGGCCAUCAGUGGAGAGUGUGAAGAGUGGCAUUCGCACUGGCUUCCUGCAGAUUGAUGAGCAGAUGCGAGUUAUCUCGGAGCGUAAGCAUGGUGCGGACCGCAGCGGCUCUACUGCAGUGGGAGUCAUGAUCUCACCUCGCCACAUGUACUUCAUUAAUUGUGGCGACUCACGGGCACUCCUCAGCAGGGGAGGCCGGGUCCAUUUCUUUACGCUGGAUCACAAGCCCAGCAAUCCAUUGGAAAAGGAGCGCAUCCAGAAUGCCGGUGGCUCUGUCAUGAUUCAACGUGUUAAUGGCUCGCUAGCUGUGUCUCGGGCCCUUGGUGACUUUGACUAUAAAUGUGUACAUGGCAAGGGCCCCACAGAGCAGCUUGUGUCGCCUGAGCCAGAGGUGUAUGAGAUUGAAAGAUCUGAGGCGGAGGAUGAGUUUGUUGUUUUGGCGUGUGAUGGCAUCUGGGACGUGAUGGCCAAUGAGGAGCUAUGUGACUUUGUGCGUUUACGUCUAGAGGUGACAGAGGACUUGGAGAGAGUGUGCAAUGAGAUUGUUGACACAUGUUUAUACAAGGGAAGCCGGGACAACAUGAGUGUGGUGCUGGUGUGUUUCCCAGGUGCUCCCAAGAUCUCGCAAGAAGCUGUGAAGAGACAGGCAGAGCUGGAUAAGUACCUGCAGAGCAGGGUAGAAGAACAAAGUGAUGGAUAUGGGUCUCUGCCUUACCUGCAUCAGCGACACUAUGAAAAGCACUGGAACGGCAGCGACAAGACUUUAUUACACUAAAAUAUGCAUGCAACAUGUAAAGUGUUGGUUCCAUGUUUCGUGAG